AUGGCAAAGACUAUUGCAUUUGCCCCCAAAUUGCGGAUUAGACGGUUAAUACUCGCUGUCCCCGUUUCCAUUCUAAUUUGGAUCUGCACAUCGUUGGUGGUAAUAAAGACGUCUAGACACCAGCUUCAAGGUACCAUUACAAGCCCUGGAUCCGAAAGAACCUUCCUAGUGUCUCAAGAAUCCACGGAUAAAGGCAAUCACGAAGAGCGAAAGUUUGCGAUACUGGUACCUGCGAACAACCCGGGACAUGACUUGUGCAAACUUGUUACGAGUGCACUUGCUUUGGGAUACCCAAGCCCGGUUCUCAUCAAUUGGGGCAAAGACUUUAGAGAUGGUGGCGGCGGAGCGUGGAGUGCAUAUCUCGCCAAGAUUACUGGAGCACUAGAUUACCUGGACAAAGUGACCCGGCCAGAUACGAAUCGCGGAGACAAGCUAGAAAAUGAUGAUUUGGUCCUUAUAGUUGACGCAUAUGAUGUGUGGUUCCAGUUACCGCCUCAGACUCUGAUCCAGAGGUACCACCAAAGUUGCCAAGAUGGCAACACGAGACUCACCGAGAAGUGGCCAUUUCCCUCCAGGAUACCAAUGAAAGAGACUAUUAUUGCAGCGGCCCAAAAACGAUGUUUUCCAACAAUGGAGUCAGGUUCAAAUUUAUACUGCCACGAUGUACCAGAGAGUAACUUGAGACCAGACCUAUAUGGAGGCGCUACCGAUACCGACAGUGCAAAACAGUAUUAUCACAAUGUUCGACCUCGAUUUUUGAACAGUGGAUCAUUUAUAGGUCCCGUUGGAGAUAUGAGACAAUAUCUCCGCCGCGUGAAGCAGAGAAUGGAAAGGGUCAUCGCCGAUGACUUGGCCUUUGAAGGGGACCAAGGCAUAUUCGGAGAAGUCUUUGGUGAGCAGGAGCUUUGGAGAAAGUGGAGGCGUGAACAAGAGGAAAUAUCUACAAACACUAUGUCCACGCCGGCUUCCAAACGUGGCUCGGCCUUGUGGCAACGAGACUUCGAAUUUCAUGUUGGGCUGGACUAUUCGCAACAACUAUUUCUACCAACGGUUUAUGCCGAGUAUGACGGUGAUUUUGUGUCAGUACAUAACCGGUCCUUUAUUCAAAGCCGGUCAUCCAAGUUGGGGAUUGACCCAGUGCGACUGCAUGGAGUCCCGAGCGAUAUUGAACUCACAACGUCGACUGUAACUGAGGUCCUGCCACGGCAGGUUGCAAAAGAAUUCCAUUGGGAGGACGUAUCACUAUAUGCAGACUUUUACACAGCCGCUAUACCGGCAUUACUUCAUCAUAAUGCUUGGAAGGGUGGCGUAAAAAAUCGUCGGACUUGGUGGUGGGAUCGAAUGUGGUACUUUCCACACCUUCGACACAUUCUAGAUCAAAGACGAACGAAGGGAAAUUCUGGACCGGUGGCCAGGAUACAUGAGCAAGGUAGAAAAGUAUCCUAUUAUCCGUCUCGGUCGAGCCAGGAAAACUAUCUUCCAAAGGUGUUUGAUACGAAUCGGCGGUUGGAGGGAUUCAGGCGGGCGCCACUUGACGAGGUUUGUAAACAUGGAGAUAAAGAAGGAAGGUCGCCCGACACAGCAUGGCAUGAGGAGGUCUUUAGAGAUGGCAGGGGUCCAGUUUGA